AUGCAGCCUCAUGAACACCUCCACAGACUCUCCAGGCGGGCCGGCAGGGAGCGACUGAGAAACUCCACGGCCUGUGAGACGUGUCGGCAAAGAAAGGCGAAAUGCGACGGCGGUCGUCCUGCAUGUGCCAGAUGUCGGGUUAAGGGAGCUUCAUGUACGUAUAGUCGUGACUUCCUUUCCGCCAAACGACAGAGCAAGCACCACCCUUCGGUUGAGCACACUCCGCGCAGUCUUGUUUCUGUCGCGGUCACGCCCCCAACCUUGCCAGCUACCCAGUUGGAGACGCCACCAACGACGGAGAUAUCCCCUAGGACAGAGCUUUUGCAUAAGAGCAAUAGCGCGGAUGCGGAUUCAAGCAAUGAUUACUACUCGGCCCACGGGCGAUUCGCUGGCGAAGUCGCAAUUGCCAUCGAGGAGAGAACAGGACGUGCUGGGGGAGACACCACUCGCCUUGUUCCUUUUGUGGAUGCCCCAUUAUUUGGAGAUCCUAACCUUGACUCUACCGCCGAUAGUGCUGGCCUAGCCCAUGAAAUGCCACCUCGUUCAUACGCCGAUCGCCUAGUCGGUAUAUAUUGGCAGCAUGUCGAUCCGAUGGAGCCAGUCUUGGACCGGGUCCAAUUCUUCCGUGACUAUGAUUUGUGGUACUCGACGUGUGGUGAUGUCUCCAACCGUGCCGGUCGUGAUGUUUGGUUAAGUAUAGUCAAUGUUGUGUUUGCCUUGGCAGUUCAGAGGCAAGAAUUAAUGCCCCUGCAAACGCGAAAUCAAGAGGGCAAUCGCUUUUUCCAGCGUGCAUGGACUCUUCUACGUCCAGAAUCUAUUAUUUGGAACCCUGGCUCGCUCGAGAUUAUCCAGUGCUUGAUGCUUCUCAAUAGAUACCUUCACUGCACGAACAGCCCAGAUAAGACCUGGAUGACGGCGGGACUAGCAUGUCGAAUGUCCCAGAAUAUGUGUUCUCGCCCUCAGGCAACUCUGUCGAGCGAGGACAGCAGCAAAGACAGGAAAAUAAGAGAGCGUGUCCUGGCUGGGUGUAUCGCGCUCGAUCGGUGUGUUUCCUGGUCGCUGGGCCGAACUGCGGCGCCUUCCAUGGCUUUUCUACCACGUUGGCUCGAUUGUAUGCCUUCGAACGGCAACGAAUCACAUAGUCGGGGACAUGAGGAGGAUCUCACGCGGGCAAUGGAGUUCAAUGAAAUUGCCCACCAAAUCCAACUGGCUCAGACCGAGACACGAAAUCCUCUGGCUGCCCGACUAGGCUUACCUCGUCCCUAUUCACAAGACAAUUAUCAUUCCGUGUCUACCCAACUAGACGCAUGCUUAAGCAAAUUGGAGAAUGGCCUCCACCCUGAUUGGAGGUCGGAUAAUCUUCAAAACAUCACCAACCGGGCUUCUCGAGCUGAAGCGUAUCUGUUUCAUCUUCGGCUGGCCCAUUAUCGAAUCGUUUUGCUCAGACCAAUGCUCGCACGCUUCUACCCAAGAAUCUCACAUCCGAAAGCAGGGCAGAUGGCAUCUUACAUUCCCACUAUGGAUGAUCGGAUAGUGAGAGAAUGCGCCGAAUCGUGUAUCGAGGCUGCGCAGAAGCUGGCGUCAUUGACCGCCGAAACAAUCGAACCGUACGAAUCGAUGGGCCUCCUGCCGUGGUGGUACCGAGUAUACUACUUACACAUAGCGGGCACUAAUUUCCUGGCCGCCAUGUUCACAUCGGAUCUGUUCAACGAGUCGGUGUCGCAAUCCUGGCAGAACGUUCUAUCUGCCCUCCGCGCACAUGAGCACCUAAGUCCGUAUGUCUCGCAGUGCAUCAAGACAUUUGAGACGCUUUCUUCGAGGAUUCUGAAUGCGCAAUAUCCUGGAACAAAUGACAGCCACCCUUUGCCGCUUAAUGAAGAGACGCCUUGUUUUACUUUCGACGAUAUACUGCAGGAUCUCGAUUUCCAAUUUGAUCCCUUCCAGCUCGGUAUUGACAUGUUUGAAAACGAACAUGAGUGA